UUCCCAGUUUGCUAGUUCUGUAGAAGGCCACCGGUCCUUCUGGAUCUCUCCUUUCUGCCUCAGACGAGAAUCUUCUAGAGGCCGGAGCGCAGCAUUAAGACUGGGAGACACAGGCGGUCUGGGGGAAGAUCAUAGAGAGGAGGAAGACCUCAGAGAAACCAACCAACCGGUCCAACAUGGCUCUGUGUUACAACAAAGGCUGCGGCGAGAAGUUUGACCCCAGCAAGAACAAGGAUGAUUCCUGCAUCUUCCACCCAGGAAUCCCCAUCUUCCAUGAUGCCCUGAAGGGUUGGUCCUGCUGUAAGAAAAGGACAACGGACUUCUCAGAGUUCCUCUCCAUCAAGGGCUGCACCCGUGGGCGCCAUAGCAACGUGAAGCCUCAGGAGCCUCUGAGGCCCGAGGUGUCCUCAGACAAAGGCCAGAUCUCACACACCAACGGCCAGGAGAUCAUCUAUCAGGGCCCCAAAUCCGCCGAGGCGCUGCAGAAAGAGAGGCCCAGCUCAGAUCAGCCUUUGACCAAACUGCCACACAAAGUGUCAGCGUCGCUCCUGCAGGAGCUGCAAAAACUGGGACUCAGCAACAGCGCAGAGAGCGAGAAGAAAGAGAGUGAGAAUGUUAUGCACGGGACGCGCUGCAAGAACACAGGCUGCAAAACA